GGAAGCAGUAGUCCCAAAGAAGCAUGGACGGUCGCUGCGAAUGCAGAUCCUAGCUCUAGUAGUAGCACUGCUUCCCAAGAACCACGAGCAGAUCUACUAGAAGCAACACCGAAGCAGGACAAAAAAGCGGGAGCAUCGUCAAAGGCUGGCGUCGAGACAGCAAGCGGAAAUAAUGCUCAUAGUGCCACCUCGGCUAGUACAAGCGCGGUGACGGCGACAGCUGGUGCCUCGUCUGGCUCUUCUGACCUCUACCUCGGUGACUGCUUUUCUCAAGCGCCACCUUACCAUGGUCCAGUCACACGCUUUGCUGAAAAGUGUGCCCGUACUGUGAUAUCUUCACCGCUUGCCGCACUGGCUGCCGUCUCCGUUCGUGCCAUAAUUGCUGGCGUACUUCUCUGGCGCUUUACUGCUCUCGAAUCCGAAUGGGUCGACUGGCGAGUUGUGGAUGGGAAGACACAAGACUUUUUCACAGCAGUCGGCGAUGGCCUUGGGGGCCAGCCUUCGAAAAUCACACUAUUUCUCCCGCCUUCUCAUGUGGGCAACUACCACAAGAAGGAGAAUCGUGACUACUACCUGGAUUUCGUUAGGAACCAGCUGGUCUUACUUGGCGACGAAGAAGCCAUAUUUGAUGGACAUCCAAGGAGCAGCAACUACCGCAGCAGUGUGCUGUCAUAUGUUGACUACCAUGACGAUCCCGACUUGUCUGGCGGGUUUUCGCGCGCGCUCGUGAACAGCUGGCUCGUGGAUUUUGAGCAGAUUCAGCGAGGACACUAUCGCGACAAUGCACAUCGUCUGUUUAGUACAAAAACGAAAGCGAAGGAUCCCACUUAUUAAGGGUUGAAGUAUAAUUUCAUUUUUACACGCUUUUCUCUCUUAAGAUUGCUCUUUAAAAAUGAAAUGUUUCAACCUUUAAACUUAUGCCCAACGAGACUGGAGUGCCGGUCGCGCGUCCGUGCCGAUCUCCGCAUGUCCCUUGAUGCUGGAGAAGACCCAGAAAUAUGACGAAAUUCUGGUCUCCUUGGAUAGCGCUGUAACUGGUGCUGGAAGUGCAGUGCCGGCAAGUGUGCGCUCACAUAUCAGCAACAAGCUCGUAGCAGCCAUUGGAGGAGCCGCAGCGGCUCAGCACAUGGAAAAGAUCGACCAUGACGUAUUCGCGCUGCCCAAGACGGUGUUGACGAAUCUAGCAGGUCUUGCGGCCGGUCCUGGCGGAACCAGCAUCUCAACAAGUGCGUCAUCUAGCUCGGGUGAAAAUUAUGGUGCAAGACGGAGACGCAACUAAACAUCUUCAUAAUGAAUAUUAACGAUGCUUCUACUUGCAUUGUAGCAACACGAAUAUCAUAAGUAAUCACUUCUAGUAGGAGGUGACCAACAACAAACGUAUUUUUAGCAAAAAUCUACGGAAACUACCACCUACUUAUAGACUUGUGUACACCUUCUUGCUCUAAAAAUGCACUUUCCUCUCCGCCUUGUGUGAAAACGACAAGAUUCCAUUACCGCAACACCUGUGGGAGAUCGUACUGAAGAGGCGCACCGUCGACCCGCUGAGAUCUGGCGAAUUUGUGCUCUUUUCUCAAUUGCCACGCGCAGAAAGUGAAGAGCUAGACUCGGUGGGGAAUUCUAGUGCCCUCUUCGAGGAAGUGGCAAGGCGUGUCGUGGAAUAUGCGACUCCUGUGACAUUAAGAAACUUUCUUCUAGUUGUAGUAGGCAUUGUAUUUAUUUUCCACAUGCCACAAUGAUGAGCAUGAGACUAAAGUUUUAUUUUCUACUUGUUAGUUGAAAACAACCCCAGUACAACCCCAGUACAAUCAUCGUAGGAGCUGCAAACCCUUGCAUUGAUCUGCAAGAUUUUCGAUCUAUUUCGAAUCCUUCCUUCCACCGAGCUUGCCGAUGCCUUUUUCGACAUGGAUAUCAGCCUGCGAUUUGUACAGCAGAAUGGUCAAAAGAUCGACAAGAAAGAUUCGAUGUCCGCAAAUUGGUUGCGAGAUACGUUCUUGAAGGGACAAAGAGCACAGUGUGCCCUGGAAGAAAACUUGUUUAGGGAUCGCCGGGUCUAAGUAGAACAAAUUUCUAAUUCUUUCAAUCAAUUGCAACAAGGUACUAGUCUUAAUUUCGUACCUUGUUCGCUAGGACUUGUAGCUUCAACGGUAGUCCUGCUGGUCUUCAAGGAGUGCUUCCCAUAAUUCUCAUUACUCAAUUCUAGCCCUGCUCUAGCUCCUCUAACCCCUACGAAGAGCGAGUGCAGUAUUGGGAACGACGUCCUGAGAAGUUCUACGACUAUGUGCACACUUUUUUCGAGAACUAUCGUGGGAAUUUCUGUGGAGACACCUAUUUUCGGCCAGAUACACUGCAGGAGGUUGCAUUGAGCCAUCGAGGUGAUGCCACUGCUGUGGUCCGCGACGUUGGUACCUUUCGCAACGAUGUCACGUAUACGUACACGGACAAGAUCACAGGUUUACGACAUGUUCCUGUGCAUGUUUAUUUCAAGGUCAACAUGGCCGACCCUCAGAUGCGUCGCAGGCAAGCAGAAAAGAUUCAAGACAUCCUUGAAAAUGAAAGACAGCGUCGGCCAGACAUGUGGGGAGUGAAAGUUACGUUGCACGAUGUAAAUGAUUUGAUGAAAUAGACAGCACUUCCAGCUACUUACCUGGUGUUUUAUAGGCUGUAUGUGGGAAAAUGCACAAUUUCUAAUGCUAGAAGAACUCUUUGAUGUAGUAGUUGUACGAAGGAAGGCAAGCGCAAGUAGAAUUGAAAUGUUGUCAUUCAGAAUCAACUUCAUCUAAGCACAAUGUUGAUUCUUUCUUCUACGCGGAUUUCAUGCGUGAGGCAGAGCGCGAUACGGAUUUGGGUCCAGCGCUUGACCGCUUCCUGCUGAUAGGUUUCAUCACAGUUGCUGUGGUGUUAUUCGUUGUCCAAUUACAUCUUCCUGCCAUUGGAUAUGGGACCAUUUCUUCUAUUAUCACUAGUAUUAUAGCAGUGCCAGUAAUAGGAAUGACAAUCUGCGAACUUCUGGGUUUGAUGGAAGUCUGCGGCUUCUCCCUCAAUUUCUCAACCGCGACUGGGAUUCUCCUGGCAGUCGGUUUACAACUGCUCUUCGUGCUGCCUCUUAUAACCGCAGGCACCUUCACUAGUAGUACACCACAGACGAAAGAAGUGUGUGACGAAAGACCAUCAAAAACCCUGUCUCAGACCUCCCUUGCCGCACUACGUAUUCAAAAACCGACACUCGCAGUACUCUCCCUUCUUCUCGUCGGGUCUCCGCUAUCCAUGGCUCUGACAUCUACACUUUUGCGACCGAUGCAUGUGCUAUUACUUUUCUCCCACAUCUUCGCCAUCUGGAACGUCUUUCUGUUCCUACCGCCUCUUAUAGGAUUGAUCGAAAUGCCGAUUACAGGUCGUGGCCUCUUUUUCUCUUCUGCCAACAAGUCCGGCACUAGUAAAGUGGUACCAGGAGGAAGCACAAAUGAAAAUACAAAUAACUUGGCACUGUCAGGUGCAACUGGGGUGUUGCCGACAUGAUAACGGAAGAGAGAUCGCGUUGAUAGUACCAAGUACACGAUUUUGUGAAAGAAUAUGAAUCUUUUAAGUUACUUAUGAUCUUAACACGUACACGAUUUAGCUAUAAUCACAUUCCAGUAAAUUAGAAUAAAAAUAAUUCAUAGAACGGAUGUAGGAUGGACUUGGAUCGAUCGGAUGGACCUACCAAAGUCCUUGGUUCGUAAUUGAAAUGCUUAGCGAAGCGGGGAAGCCCAUCCGAUCCAUCCGAUCCUGAAUCGGACACCCCCAUGAAUACUGAGCAUUGAAUAAUUUUCGCGAAGCUUAAAACGUGGACUAUGUACGUAGGUACACUACAUUUACAUUUUGCAUAUCACGUCAGAAAGACUACCACCUGCAGUAUAUGAUUUUCAUUUUCAGGAGUGCCAUGAGAAAACCGUAAUAUUCCUACGCGCUCGUAGUUCCUGUUCCAUUGAAUAGCCAAGUUUAAGCAUGUGGUUUCGUUCAUUUUCCCUAGUCAUCAAGUUCUCGUACGCGUACUUCAUAGAAAAAGUUCACUCAUGACUAACACUAUUUCAGUAGUUACAAGUCGGUUUAGAUAGAUUUUGCAUAGUCGUGGUUCUCACUUUUUUGCUUCGUAGUUGUUGUUUCCAAGAAUGAAAGAAAUGUAGCAUGUUCGAAGAUGUACAGUCGUUAUGUCAAGGUUUUUUGUGUUCGCAGUGUGGGAGUUGAUUAUACUAGGUCAUGGGAUAAUUCGAUUUCGAAAUUCUACGAGACAGAAGUCAGCUCACAACUUCGUCUGUAGUCAAUACUUAUUUGGUUAGUUGUCAAAUUUUGCACUCCGUUUUUGCAUCUCGUCAGCACAGAGGGUGAAAGAACGAAACAAUUGAAAUUGUACUUGACCACAUAGAACAAGCUGCAAGUCGUGAGAUUUGCAUGUAUUAACAAGCAGAAGCAUUUGCUUGCGGAGUUUUCUGCAACGAACCGUGAAGUGAAUGUGAACAAGACUCCCGGAGGUUUUAGUUCAUCGACAGAGCAUGCAGCUUUCUGAAAAUGAAAGAUUCUGAUCUGGAUCACGG